AAUGGAUUUUGUGGAUCCCAGAGAAGGUGAAUGAGUAACGUGCUCGCGUGUGCUUCAUGGGGUCAGUGAUAACCAAGUUCAGUAACUGGUGACAGGCUUAAUGACUAACACAGGGCCAGCUCAGAUGAAAGAGAGAAUGGUACUUAUUGGUACUGACUGUUUUUCCUGUACCUCAAUUGGUUCCUUGUAGGGAGCUGCAAAUGUCUGUGACCACUGAUGAUUGAGGUUUUCAUCCAGCACAAUGGAGAGAAGUCUGCGGAACGUCCUUGUGGUUUCCUUCGGGUUCCUGCUCCUCUUUACAGCCUAUGGAGGUCUGCAGAGCCUGCAGAGCAGUCUGUACAGUGAGGAGGGCCUGGGCGUGACGGCGCUCAGCACCCUCUAUGGAGGCAUGCUCCUGUCCUCCAUGUUCCUCCCACCGCUCCUCAUCCAGAGGCUCGGCUGCAAGGGGACCAUCCUCCUCUCCAUGUGUGGCUACGUGGCCUUCUCUGUGGGCAACUUCUUCGCCAGCUGGUACACUUUGAUCCCCACCUCCAUCCUGUUGGGGCUCGGGGCCGCCCCGCUAUGGUCAGCGCAGUGCACGUACCUGACGGUCAUGGGAAACACACAUGCAGAGAAGGCGGGGAAGCGUGGCAAGGACGUGGUGAACCAAUAUUUCGGCAUCUUCUUCCUCAUAUUCCAGUCAUCCGGUGUGUGGGGCAACUUGAUCUCCUCGCUGGUAUUUGGCCAGUCUCCCAGCCAAGGCAGCGGUGUCCUGGCUGUGCUGAUGAUAGCCGCAUUCCUCGAACCCAUACGAGAUCUUCAACGACAAAGUGGCGGAGAGAAGAAAUCACCCCCUUUCUGGUCCACUUUACUGUCGACCUUCAAGCUCUACCGAGAUCAACGUAUGUGCCUCUUAAUCCUGCUGCCGCUGUACAGUGGACUGCAGCAAGGAUUCCUCUCCGGCGAAUACACGAGGUCCUACGUCACCUGCGCCUUGGGCAUCCAGUUCGUCGGCUACGUGAUGAUCUGCUUCUCAGCCGCCGAUGCGCUGUGCUCCGUGUUGUAUGGGAAGGUCUCGCAGUACACCGGCAGGGCCGCGCUCUACGUGCUGGGCGCGGUGACCCAGCUGUCCUGCAUGAUCGCCCUCCUGCUGUGGAGACCCCGUGCUGACCAGCUGGCGGUGUUCUUCGUGUUCUCAGGCCUGUGGGGCGUGGCAGAUGCGGUCUGGCAGACACAGAACAACGCUCUCUACGGCGUUCUGUUUGAGAAGAGCAAGGAGGCUGCGUUCGCCAAUUACCGCCUGGGGGAGGCCCUGGGUUUCGUCGCUGCCUUCGGGUACAGCACAUUUUUGUGCGUCCACGUCAAGCUCUACAUUCUGCUGGGGGUCCUGAGCCUGACCAUGGUGGCGUACGGGAUUGUGGAGUGUGUGGAGUCCAAGAACGCCAUCAGACCCUGCGACCUGGGACACGCCAACCCCGCAGAAGACAAAGAAGCACAAACAAAAAUGUGAGAGCAGCGAGGUCGGAGGAGGACGAAUCAGCACGGACUGGCCAGAGAGUGUUCUAGAAGAUGCCUCAGGACACAGAGCUGGCUCCUCAGCCCCACUCAGCACCUGUGGCCGUUCUGAAGAUACAUCAUUGCACUCUUCAUGCCCUUUCUUCUAUUCUGACACAUUUUUAGCCCACCAUCUUAUCAACAGAGAUCAAGUGUGUACGGGAAGGAGUCAGUUAAUUAAAUUUUAGAUACAAAAGAAAAAAGUCUAGAGUAGAAUCAGAAUUUGCCUGAAACCGUAGACUCACUGUAACUGUUGUUCUUGUAGUUAUUUUGAGAAUUGGAAGUCUUUUAAAAUAAUGUAGUCUAACCCCAUAGUUUUACAAAUGGGCAAACUUUUAAACGCUAACUGGACUUGGAUGAAAACGUCAAACAUUUUACAAAGGGGUCCUGAUGGGUCAGCUGACUCAGCCUCCCAGAGUCAGGAGGUGGCAAAGCCAGGCUGGGGCUCAGGAUUCUUGAAGCAUAUGGGGUCUGCGUUUCUAAAUAAAGGCAGUUAUUUACGG